CGCCGCCUCCUCCUCCCCCGGGACACGCGCACGCAGGUGCAGCCCUAGCCGCGCUGGCCACCUGCGCGCGGACGGCCCGCUCGCCCUUGCGACCCUCCGCCCCCGAGGUCAGGCCGUGCGGGCCGGGAGGGGACGGGAAGGAGGUGGCCGGCGGCUCCGGGCGCGGCGCUGCCCUCGAUGGCCCAACCCCCUUAUUCACGAGCCGCGGCCGUGUCUCUGCCCGCUGACGUGGGGAGGCCGAACUUUACGUAACCCGCCCGGCGCCCCACGCGUGCCCGCACAGGGCAUACCUGGCGCGGAGGCCCAGGCUUGGGGAAGGGACGCCGGUCACGGUGUUGCCCACGGGCCACAGCCCACCCCCACCGUGCCGCUCUCUUUAACUCAGUUACUCCAGCGAUAGUGACCCAGUGUGUGUGGAUGCGGCCUGCCCUCUGUCCCAGGCUCCUGUGACCAAGGGCUUACCCUUGAAAAAAGGCAGUAGGGAGCCUCGGCCAGAGCCAGAGAUGAAGCUGAGGAUCUGCCAAAGACAGUGAUAUACCCACAUCCCCGGAACUAGGCGAUUGCGGUGCAGGAACCAGAGGUACCAGAGAGCAAGUCUGUUUCAAGGAGGGAGAACUGGUACAGCUAGAUCAAGGAUGGAGGCGGUGGUGGGCGUGGGAGAGAUGAAGCUGUGUGGGAUGAAUGGAAAGGUCUGGCCAAAGAUGGAGGUGUGCCUUUGCGGGACCCAUGCCUUGAGGCCCAGGAGCACCCCGCUGCCAGCAUGCCGUGGGAUGCGCGGCGGCCCGGGGGCGGCGCGGACGGCGGGCCCGAGGGCCCGGGCGCAGCGCGCUCACGGGCGCAGAAGCAGUGCCGCAAGUCGUCGUUCGCCUUCUACCAGGCGGUGCGCGACCUGCUGCCCGUGUGGUUGCUGGAGGACAUGCGCGCCAGCGAGGCCUUCCACUGGGACGAGCGCGGGCGCGCCGCCGCCUACUCACCCUCCGAGGCGCUGCUCUACGCGCUCGUGCACGACCACCAGGCGUACGCGCAUUACCUGCUGGCCACGUUCCCACGGCGCGCGCUCGCACCGCCCAGCGCUGGCUUCCGCUGCUGCGCGGCUCCCGGGCCGCACGUGGCGCUGGCCGUGCGCUACAACCGCGUGGGCAUCCUGCGCCGCAUCCUGCGCACCUUGCGCGACUUUCCUGCCGAGGAGCGUGCGCGCUUGCUGGACCGGCGCGGCUGCAGCCGUGUGGAGGGUGGUGGCACGUCGCUGCACGUGGCCUGCGAGCUGGCGCGCCCCGAGUGUCUCUUUCUGCUGCUAGGCCACGGCGCCUCGCCCGGCCUGCGCGAUGGCGGCGGCCUCACGCCUCUCGAGCUGCUGCUGCGCCAGCUGGGCCGCGACGCUGGGGCCACUCCCGCCGCUGCUGCUGAAGCCCCGGCCUCUGCACCCGGGGAGCCACGCCAGCGCCGCCUGCUGCUGCUGGACCUGCUGGCCCUGUACACCCCCGUGGGUGCCUGCGGCUCGGCCCGCCGGGAGCUGCUGGGCGACCGGCCGCGCUGGCAACGGCUGCUGGGUGAGGACAAGUUCCAGUGGCUGGCCGGCCUGGCACCGCCCUCACUCUUCGCGCGCGCCAUGCAGGUGCUGGUCACCACCAUCUCUCCCGGCCGCUUCCCUGAGGCCCUGGACGAGCUGCCGCUGCCUCCAUUCCUGCAGCCAUUGGACCUCACUGGCAAGGGCUAGAUCCAGAGCACCCUGGGCGCUGGAUUUGGGGACAAAAUUGUUUUUCAGAGUGUUGUACCUGGGACUUUACAUAUAUUGAUCUCUGUACAGCACAA